CGGCGAUGGCCGAGGAGGAGGGUGCCGGGCCCGGCUCCUGUCAGCGGGCGCGAGCGGCCAUGGAGCCGGCGCGGGAGAGGACAACACUCGUAUGAAGAAAGAAAGAGCAGUAUGAUGGAUUCAGAAGAUCUUGUCAUAACAAGUUCAAAGCAAGAUAUUGCUCAUCACAUUGUAAAAGUUAGCUCAGGUAAACAUUACUUUUGUGGAUAUUGUGCAGCCUUCACCAAUAUAGCAAUCACCUUUCCCAUCCAGAAGGUCCUCUUUCGACAACAACUGUAUGGAGUGAGAUUAAGGGAGGCAGUAUAUCAGUUACAAAAAGAUGGAAUCCGAAACCUGUACCGUGGACUCCUCCCUCCAUUAAUGCAGAAAACUACAACUCUUGCCCUGAUGUUUGGCUUGUAUGAGGAUUUCUCCUCCCUGCUCCAGAGGCACACAAAUGCACCUGAACUUGUGACUUGCAGUGUGGCAGCAGUGCUUGCAGGAACAUCAGAAGCUCUUCUUACACCUUUUGAGCGGGUCCAGACUUUGCUUCAGGACUACAAACAUCAUGACAGAUUUACAAACACUUACCAGGCUUUCAGGGUGCUAAAAGACUAUGGAAUUAAAGAAUAUUAUCGGGGUUUGGUACCUAUUCUGAUCCGAAAUGGACCGAGUAAUGUACUCUUUUUUGGCCUACGAGGACCCAUCAAGCAGUGUCUUCCCGAAGCAACUUCUUAUAGUGCUCAUUUGGUCAAUGACUUUAUCUGUGGAGGGCUGUUGGGUGCCAUGUUGGGAUUCUUGUUUUUCCCAAUUAAUGUUGUAAAAGCUCGCAUGCAGUCUCAAAUUGGUGGGGAAUUUCAGUCUUUUCCAAAAGUUUUCAUGAAGAUUUGGCUGGAACGUGAUAGAAAACUGACACACCUUUUCAGAGGAGCCCAUCUGAAUUACCAUCGCUCUAUUAUAUCCUGGGGCAUAAUCAAUGCAACAUAUGAAUUCUUGCUUAAGUUAUUAUGAAAAAUGUUACCUUCUAUGAAGUCUCUCUGCUCAGUUGGGUAUUGGCACAUUGAGGUCACUUAUUUCCUAGGAUCAAAUUUGUCAUAAUCAGACCUGUUCAUGAAUAACACUGAAAUUUGGAGAGUUUAAUUGCAAAAUGGUGGUUACAUUUCAGUAGGGAGAGAAGUAAUUUUUACCAGUGCCUGCUGAGUCUGAAAGUUAAUUACACUCAAUCUUAUUAAUUGUCUUCAGUCUUUAUGGGGUGAAAGUUGGCAUUGUGUUUAGAUCUUAAUUUAAGAACAAUUGGUUUGUUCAAAAGUGUUCUCUUUAGUAAAGUAUUUUGAUGCUGGAAGGUGAAUUCAGCCAUACCUGAAUAAACUAAUUGAAACUAUUUAAAUGUUGGCUUUGGCCUAGAAACUUACUCCAGGUCACCCUCAACCUUUCUUAACACUCCUGGUGAUCAAAACUAUGCUUGAUUGUGCACUUUGUGGAAUAUGAAAGUGAGGGAGGCUGACAAAAGCUCUUUAGUUUUCCUACUUGGUAAACUUGGGAGGUCUGAUGUACCUGAUGCAGUUGUUGUAAGAGUACUCUGAACUCCCAUAAUGUUUCAGGUUUCCCAGGUAUCUUUACUGUUUGAAACCAGACUGCCAACUUUGAAUGAGGAUGGUGUUACUUCUCAACUAAGCCUACAUGAAUGGGUUUUGCUGGUCUCCUAAUAUGAAUGCCAUCUUGUCAAGCAACAUAAGGUAGCUACUAAGGCUAUGUCUACAAUGCACUUUUUUAACCGGUUUUUACUGACAAAAAGCACUGGUGUGGAUAGUGCUUUGUCGGCGGGAGACAAAGCUACUGCCCCUCGUUGGAGGUGGUUUUAUUUUGCCAGCAGGAGAGCGGCUACCCCGGGGACCUUACAGCGGCACAGCUAUGGUACUUUAAGGUACGCAGUGUAGACAUAGCCUACAUUUUCAACUUCAGCAUAAGCUGAUCCAGUGCAAAGUAGGGGUAUGUGUACGUAUGUGAAAAGGGAG